AUGCUCCGCAUCGGCCCCUCCAAACGCCUCUUCGCCGCCCACGAGUCCAUCCUUAGCAUAUCCCCCUUCUUCGCAUCGCGCUGUCGCAGUUUCAGCUCGCGCACCCGGGCACCGCCACGCCACCCGCCUGCGAGACGGAUCGAUCUGCCAGAUGAGCAGCCGGAGGUAUUUGCAUGUGUGCUGGAGUUUCUGUACAAGGGGGAUUAUUCCCCGCGGUUGAGACGGGAUCAGGAGAAGGGGUGUUGGGUGGUGGAGGGGGCAAUGAGCACUGAAGGAGAGGGAGGGAGUAGUGAUGAUCAUCCUGGGGCGACGAUGUUCUGUGCUGAGGUUGGGGGGUUGAUUUUGAGGGAUACGGCUGUGUACUGCGCCGCAGAACAAUACGCCCUCCCCACGCUCCAACGCCUCGCCCUGCGCAAACAAGGCCUCCAUGUCGGGAUUUCAUGCAGCACCAUCCUCGCCAGCGCGCGGUACGCCUAUGCGCACACGCCGGACACGGAGUCCAAGCUGCGCGCGCAUUAUCUGGCGCUUAUAGUUCGGUGCCGCGAGACCUUCAAGCAGAGUGGCACGAUGCAAAUGGAGAUGGAGCGUGGGGGGAAGAUGUUUUUUGAUUUGUUUGUUGCGUUGUGUAAUCAUAUGGAUGAUAUGAGUCCCGCUGCUGCUGUUCAGGCCUCGAUGGCCCAGUGA